GGCGUCCUCCCUCCUCCUUUCGCUUUCGUUUCCGCCGCUUCUCUUUCCUGCCGGAGUGUCUCCGCCCCUAGACACUCCAACCCACCUCCCUUGAACCCAAAACACCUCCACACCUUCUCGCCCUCUCCCGCUCCCUGUUCUAGCAGUGACCCGAGAUUUUAACCUCUGCUGCACAGAAUAUGGACGACGAAGACUGCGAUUCGACGUGGGAAGAGGAGGAAGAAGAAGAUCAGGAAAAGGAGAAGGAUGAGAGGAAAACCCGAGAUGAAGCAAAGCCGAGGCAUCAACAACGCGGGAACCAAGCUUUCCAGAGCCGGAUGAUAGGAUGUCGAAACUGGAGAGCAGUCCAGGACAUGCAGAGGUACAGACGUCGAUACCCAGGUUUAAAAGAUGAAGAGUCUAAUGAGGAAAUGCUGAAUUUGAAGUUUUAUAAAAAUGAAAUUGCUUUCUUGCCCAAUGGCUAUUUUAUUGAAGAAAUCCUGAAGAACUGGAAAGAGGACUAUGACAUCCUAGAGGACAAUCACUCUUAUAUUCAGUGGUUGUUCCCUUUGCGGGAGAGGGGAGUGAAUUGGCACGCGAAGCCCCUGACACUCAGAGAAAUCCAGGAAUUUAAAAAAUCUCCAGAAGUCAUGAGAAGAUUUGUCCAAGCGUAUGAACUUAUUCUGGGCUUCUAUGGAAUUGAAUUGGAGAAUCACAAAACUGGGAAAGUGAGAAAGGCUGUCAACUAUCAGGAAAGAUUUCAGAACCUCAACUCGCACAGCCACAACAACCUUCGCAUCACUCGCAUCCUGAAGUGUCUGGGCGAAAUGGGCUAUGAACAUUACCAGGUGCCCCUGAUUCGUUUCUUUCUGGAAGAGAUCCUUGUUAAUCACUGCUUGCCAAGUGUCAAGCAGAGUGCCUUGGAUUACUUCAUGUUCACAGUCCGGAACAAGAAAGAACGUAGAAAACUUGUCUACUAUGCCUGGAAGAACUUUAGUCCCCAGUAUAAAUUUGUCUGGGGGCCACAUGAGAAGCUUCAGAAAUUCGAACCUGAGCAGCAGGACUGUCUUGAAGAGGGUUUAGGUGGAUCCCAAAAUGACCUUGGGAUAGAAAAAGACCAAGUUAGGAGUCAGGUGAAGGAAGAGAUUGUAGAAGAUAGUAUUGCCUUCAAAGGCAAGCAGGUGGGCAGGAAGAACCCCAGUAUUAUGAUGAAGAAGGGAGAAAGAAUGAAUUCAUCUGACCAACUAGAGGAGAAGGUUGCAAUCAAGAGUACUGGAGACCAAGCUUCAAAGUCUCAGAGUCCAAAGGAAAGCAAGAAAAGGAAAUAUGAGGUAAACAGAUUUGAGUUCAGACAAGAAGAGGAGCCAAGUCAAAGUGCCUCUGAUGUAGAGAAGAUUGCCCAUAACCUGGAAGAGUGUGCCCUUGGCCAGAGCAAGCUGAGGACUGUUGGUGGAUCUAAGAAAAUGGGAAGCCUGGGUAUGCUGAGGGAGAGGGGGCCAAGUAGUCCUGAGUCCAUGGAGAUUAAAAUGUAUGAUGAAGUGAAUAAGAGGAGGCGGCUUGAAUCAAAAACCCAUUCAGAGAUAACAAAAAAUGAGGAACAAACACCAAACUGCCUCUCAGUACCCAAUGGUAUUCCCCAUGAAGCUGAAAAAAUAGAGGACAAGAACAACAUAAACCAGGAAGCCAAGAGCUUACAAGCUAAGAUUGUAAAACAUGAUGAUGUACCUGUAGCUUCAUCUGAAAACGCCUCAGGUGACUCUUUCAGCAUCGGCACAUCUGACCAGUCAGACCUGCAAGAAUAUGUUCAAAUUGAAAAAAAAAGUGUUGAUACAAAUCUUGAACUCAAGAGGCCUGAAGCUAAGAGACCUGAUCCUAGAGGGGCGGCAGGUACUGAAUGCUCAGGUGGAGAAGUCCCACAAAAGGCAGAAGAUGAAACCACAGUUGAAAGGCCUUAUUCUGAAUAAACAGUGAGCCACAGAUAGGCAAGGAAGGAAUUCAGGAUCCUGACCCUGUGGGACAGGGUUCUGCAAAAUUAUGGGGUUUUCAGUACCUUUUAAAGGUAUUUCUCCAGGGAUAUUUUUUUUGGACAAAUUGAUGUCCCUCUCAGCUUUUUAAAUUUUUAACCUUUAAUGGUGUUUGAAGUUCAAGGUAGAAGAAAGACAAAUGUCGUGGAACUCCUUUAUUCCUUCUAUCAUCCAAUCCUUCCCUGGAAAAGACUGGUUGCCUCUCUGCCUGAUCACAUUUAUGAUGAAACUCUGAGGAAACUAAGAGAAAACAAAUGGUGGGAACCAUUCUGGAAGGAAUACUGAUAGACUUUGAUAGGAGUAAUUUAAAACUUUGAAAUACAAGUGAUUAUUUUGAUUAAAGGGUGGGGGGAGGUGUUUGCAUCACUUGAAUUCACAUCCUAUAACAAUGUCCCUAUUCCUUUUUUUCCAAGGAAUGGAAAGUGUGAACUUUUCAGCCCUCUGUCAAUGUAUUUUUUCCUGAAUAAAUUCAUCUCUGAACUUGUGAGGAUAAAACGCUUAGCUAGAUAAGUCCCUAGCUCCUCUUUUUCACUGGACAAUUUUCCCCCUGACCUUUUACUAAAAGUGACUUCAUCUCAUCACAGUGAUUUGUCUUGUCCAAGGUGGAAAUCUACUUCUUGGCCUGGCUAGUCUAAGGAGGAGGGGAAAAGAAGCUGUGGACAGACUUAGGCUACAGCUACAUUCCAUGUAGAAAGUUGGCGUUUUUCUUUGUUUCUUCCCUCUUGGCCCCAGAACUUUGAGGUAUCUGCUUUUCCACGUUUCUACAUUGACUUGGUAUUCUUUGUUGGGUUCUUUCAUUUCUUUUUAAUUUUUAAGACCCAGAUAGGGUCAAGUCCCUUGUAGCUCUUCACAGUAAAAAACGAGCUCCCGAUCUGUCCUUUGUUACUCCUGUUUUCCAAGUAGGGUCAAGGAACCCUUGAGAUAUCCCCUUGACUUUCUGUCAUAGCUUGAACCACUCUGCAUGUUCCUUUUUUUUGAUGCCUAUUAACUGUCUGUGUAUGUACAUUAAUAGAUCUUCCUUUGCCAUGUAUAGAUGGAAAUAGUUACAACAAUGCUAUCAAAUCCAUUGCUUUGCCUUCUACUCCAGCCCCAGCAAAUUAUGCCGAGCCUUUUUCUGUGGAGUCAUGGAGUAUGGAGUCAGCCAGUCAAGUGGAGAAAGCAGGAGUUUCCACACUCUCCCCCCCCCCCUCCCCCUUUCUGGCUUAGCAUGGUUAGGGAGGGUGUCUCUGUGAUAAUGUACACUUCUUUCCCACUUUAUUCUGUACCUUAACGAGUAAGAUAUCUCCUUAAUGGGAGGGACAAGGGGAAGGAGAGAAGUGAUCAUCUCCCAGGAUUUUGAGAGACCUAGCUUGAUUUUGCUUCCAAUUUAAUGUGAAGAGUUAAGUCUCCUCAGGUCUGUGCAAGUUGCUCCACAACUAUAUGUAAUUUUUCACCUACCUCACAGAGUUGUCAUGAAGAAAAGGGAAAAAAAGGUCCUUUGGAAACCUUCAUCAACUCCGAUGUGCAAGCUCGCUCUAACAGCAGUUAGAGGAGUGUCACUGUUGUGCUGUGGGGCCAAGGACUUUGGAAUCUGUGAUGUAACAUUUUCUCUUCCUUGCUAAUGUUUGGUGCAAUGAAGCUUUCAGUACUGGGGAGCUGAUAUGCACUGGGUUUUGGGCUUUCUGAAUUGACGUGAACUGUUCUUUUCAUUUGGAUAUAUUUCUCCCUCUCUCAUCUCACUUUCUGGCCUCUUUUGCUUUCUCCCAUCUACAGUGACAGGAUUGUGUAUUUCCCAUAGCAGCUUGAAGGAGAAGACCCUGGACAAAGUUUCUGUCCCAGUACUCUUUUGAGAUGCCUUUUCCCCUAGUUCUUAUUUUCAUUGAUGAAUUUCCCUAGGGGAAUUUGCUCAGCCUAGUUGAGCAAAGGAAAUCUUAGAGAGUCUGAGUCUGGAUGUUAUAUGUUUUGUUGUUUGUUUGGAAUGGGGCUAUAAAUGUAGAAUUAAGAUUGUUUUCCCAUGGCAGAUGUUUGGAACUGGUUCAUUACUUUUUUCUUCUUCAAAUUUAAUGGCUGUGAAAGUGGACUGUGUUUUAAUAAAAAUUUGUUGAUUGCC